AUGGUCGAGCUUUCUUCCAAUUGGAAAAGGCUUCAAUCUGCCAUCAAGGCCGAAGGAGCCUCCAAGCGUCCGGAGGAGCAACGACCCGGCAACCCGGCGUCGCGUUCAGGCAAGACAUCGAGGGCAACCACAGCCAAGGCAGCCGUUCGACCAGCUUCGGCUCGACCUCACAAAAUCUGCAAAAAUAGACGUACCAGUCGGCCGAGAAUGGGUGGCGUCCAGAGCUCGAGCGUGGAAUCAGGGCCCAAGGAUGGCCCUUCACCAUCCAUCGCACUAUGGACCUCGGACAAGGAGAUUUCCACCGAGGCCUUGGCUGAUGCGUACGGCCUGGGGAUCAAAGACAAUUCCAUGCUUCUCGCUUCCCAGCAGGACAGAGUCAACCAAGGCUUGGGCGGUAGCCUGAGCUCGAUUGGGAAGUAUGUCGCGAUAGACUGCGAAAUGGUUGGCGUCGGCCCUGGAGGCCACGAAUCCGUAUUGGCGAGAGUCAGCAUGGUGGAUUUUCACGGCAGGCAAGUCUAUGAUUCGUUUGUGAAGCCGAGGGAGAAGGUGACGGACUGGAGGACGGCGGUGAGCGGAGUGUCGCAGAAGGAAAUGAGAUUCGCCCGAGACUUUGACGACGUGCAACAGGAUGUUUUCAACGUCUUGAAGGACCGCAUCGUGGUAGGCCACGACAUCAAGCACGACCUGGAUGCCUUGCAGCUCAGCCAUCCUCUGAGAGACAUCCGCGACACCGUCAAACACGCGACUUUCAGGAAGGUCGGAAAUGGCAGGAAGCCGGCGUUGAAGACGCUUGCGAGGGAGCUUCUCGGCGUCGACAUCCAGGACGGCUCUCACUCGAGCAUAGAAGACGCCCGGGUCACCAUGCUGCUGUUUCGCAGAUACAAGCCCGGCUUUGACGUGGACCACGCCAAUCGAUACGCGCCGAAGCCUGCGACGAAUAAUAGCAAGCACGUUAGAAGGUCAAAAGACACCAAGACUCGGUAG